ACAUUUCCAGGCGUCAGUGCAGUGAACGAGGCUAAAAUGGCAAUGUAUUUAAGAAGUUGAGCAGCUCAAACAGUUCUUAAGGGUGUAAUACCCCCUGCAUUAGUUCAGCUGCGAAUUGAGGUGGAUAUAAUCUUUUAAGUAUGACAAGGGAAUGGUCUCGUGAAUUCAGCUGACUGAGACUGGCUUGUGGCCACUUCAUGUGUCUGACGAAUAGUGACAUCAUCAAAACAAUAAGUCCUUGACGCUGUGAAUAGUGCUACAGCUAGUUGCCUCUUCAACAAAGUUUAGUGCCGAGUUGCCGACUGUACUUCAUUAUUUUAAGGCGUUAUAUCAUUGUACUGAGAUGUACUGCAAGCUUCAGUUGCUGUAGAAUGGUAAUUCAAUCGACUGACAGCUUGGUUAGCGCAAGGAUUGCCCUAGCUCUGCCGCUGCUGGUUGCUUUGCUGACGCAAAUCGCUGCCUAUCCUGACUGCUAACACCACACACUACUGGUGUUUAUUUUACAGUAAUCUUGCGCUGGAAUUCUACUGUGAAUAUUUAACAGUGUUUUAUGCUACAGCUUAGGCUUGAAGUUGAAGAGGAAGACGGUGGUGAAAUCUGUCAUCUUAUCCAGGCCGUGAUCAACGAUGACCAGAUGCUUCUACUGGAGCUCCUCUCUCAAAAACGCUACAGGAGGGUCAUUAACCACCGUAGUGGCUGGGGUGUGCCUGGAACACCCCUCCGCAUGGCUGCAUCCAAGGGCCACCUGCGCUGCUUGGAGGUGCUCUUGGCGCACGGAGCAGAGGUGGACUGCUUAGAUGUGAAAGCGCAAACACCGCUCUUCACUGCCGUGUGUGGCCGCUACCUCAGCUGUGUUUUGGCCCUCUUGCGCGCUGGGGCCAAUCCCAACGGCAGUUUCAAGAACAACAGCUCCCCUGUCCUCACUGCUGCUCGUGAAGGCGACCCAGAGAUCUUAAGACAGCUCCUUCACCACGGAGCAGAUGUCAAUGCCAGGUCAAAAGUGGCCCUUUGGACAUCAGGUGUGGCCAUAUGCAGUGGACCACUUUACCUGUCUGCUGUAUAUGGGCACCUUGACUGCUUUCGGGUUCUGCUGUUGUAUGGUGCUGACCCAGACUAUAACUAUCCAGAUGAGAGGCUGCCAUGUAAGGGGAAGCAGCCUAAAACUGUGCUUGAAACUUGCUUAAGGCAUGGAUGUGGAGUUGAGUAUGUGCAGCUACUUAUAGAUUUUGGGGCCAAUGUGUAUCUACCCACCCUGAUCAUAGAGAAGACCACCAAGCAAAAUGAAGCAGUGGAACUACUGCUAAAAGAGAGAGGAUGUCCGAAAUCACUGACCUCCCAGUGCCGGUUGUCCAUCAGAAGGCAUAUGCGGAUGAUCAACACGAUUGAUUCCAUAGACUGUCUGGAAAUGCCACCUUGCCUGAUAAAUUAUCUCAAACACAUACCCAACAGGGUGAUCCUCUAACUGUGCUAGCAGCAUAUGUGCCUUUCACACAUAGUGUUCAAUGCUAUCUACAGAAAGGAAACUAUUUAACUGCAGAGUAAUCAAAGCGCUAUUACUGUAAUGGACUUUUUGAAAUGACAUGUCAUAUGUCCUGUUGAAAGCUUUUUGUGUGGUAUUAUUUGUUACUGUCUAGGCUAAAUAUAAGCAACGGGGGGGGGGGGGGGGGGGUAGGUAGCUAAUCAUAUUGGAAAGAUUACCAGCGCCUGUGUUAUAACUUUGAAUUGCAAAUAUUAAUACUGGAACUCCGUGGAAUAAAUAUCACUAUAACUCUG